AGCAACGGCAGCAGCAGCAGCAACAAACUCUCUCCUGUCUUUUUCUCUUCUUUCUGGAGUUGUUUCCUGCUCAGAGGACAAAAGCCAAGGAAGUAAGAGGGAAGUGAUCCAGGGCUGAUAGCUGCCAUCAAAAACAAAACCAAAACGCAGACCUGGCUGCCCCCAUGCCUAUCGAAUUUGUUUGCAAAAUCAAAUUUGCAGAGGAGGAUGAGAAGCAGAAAAGCAAGCAGGAUGGGGACAAGGAGAGCCUGAUCGAGGAGAGCUGCACACCUCCGGCUAAGGACUUGGCUGGGUUUGCUAACUCCUGCUCUCUUCAUGGGAUUAACCACAUCUUUGUCUCUGGUCGCCUGGGCAUCCGGCAGACUCUCUGGGCUCUUGCCUUUUUGACUUCGCUGGCUCUGUUUCUAUACCAGGCGGCUAAGUGUGCCAUCUCUUACCUGGAGCACCCUCAUGUCACAGCUCUGAAUGAAGAGGCCACCCCGGAGAUGGUUUUCCCCGCUGUGACCAUCUGCAACAUCAACCGAUUUCGCUUCUCAGCGCUCACCGAUGCCGACAUCUACCACCUGGCUAACUUGACGGGUCUGCCCCCCAAAAACAAGGAUGGGCACAAACCACAUGAUUUAAUGUAUCCUGCCCCUGACAUGCAGGACAUCUUCAACAGGACAGGACAUCAGUUAGAAGAGAUGCUCAUGAGCUGCAAUUUCAGUGGACAGAACUGUUCAGUGGAGGACUUCUCUGUGGUGUACACCAGAUAUGGGAAAUGCUACACUUUUAAUGGCAACAAGACAACAUCCAGGAAAAGCAAGCAGGGUGGAAUGGGAAAUGGGUUGGAGAUCAUGUUGGAUAUCCAGCAGGAUGAGUAUCUGCCCAUCUGGAGAGAGACAAAUGAGACGUCCCUGGAGGCCGGCAUCCGAGUUCAGAUCCACAGUCAGGACGAGCCUCCCUACAUCCACCAGCUGGGCUUCGGUGUCUCUCCGGGUUUCCAGACCUUUGUUUCAUGUCAGGAGCAGAGGCUGACCUACCUGCCCCAGCCCUGGGGGAACUGCCGCUCCACCAGCAAAGAGAAGUUCCCAGGAUACGACACGUACAGCAUCAGUGCCUGUCGUUUGCUCUGCGAAACCAACGAGGUCCUGAGAGUUUGCAGCUGCAGGAUGGUGCACAUGCCUGGAACUGCAGAUAUCUGCCCUCCCAGUAAAAUCAACUGUGUUGACAAAGCACUGGCACAGCUACAGAAGAACAGUGGGGAUACCUGUCCAUGCGAGACGCCCUGUAAUCUUACCCGCUACGGUAAAGAGCUCUCCAUGGUCAAAAUCCCCAGCAAAGGCUCCGCUCGCUAUCUCUCCAGGAAAUAUGACAAGUCAGAGGACUACAUCAGAGACAACUUCCUGGUCUUAGAUAUCUUCUUUGAAGCUCUGAACUAUGAAACGAUUGAGCAAAAGAAAGCCUAUGAUGUUGCAGGUUUAUUAGGUGACAUUGGUGGACAGAUGGGCUUAUUCAUUGGAGCCAGCAUCCUCACAGUCUUAGAAAUACUGGAUUACAUCUAUGAGGUGAUCAAGCACCGGCUAAAACGUCUGCUGAGGCCGCAGAAAGAAGAGAAGAAGAACAAGCAGCAGACCAGCACUGUAGCAACAGUGGGUCUAGAGGAUAUGAAAGCAAAGGAGCCCAAUGACAUGACACGGAGUCACCCAGAGGGGGCGUACGCCAACACCAUCCUCCCCAACCACCACCAUCCACACCCACACCCUCACCACCACCACGCCGGGCACCAUGGGGUAUUUGAGGACUUCGCUUGCUAG